AGUGAUUUCCAUUUGGAGGAGCUCUACUGGAAUUGGUGUAUAAUAUUUUUCUGAAGGAAGAAAUUUGGAACAAUGAAUCCUGCCAUGGAAACUGGCUCUUGUGACACCCAUGAAGAGAGAAAGCUCUAUGUUAUUGAUUCCUUAAAUGACUUAAACAAGGUCAACCUCUCUCCUACUGGAUCCCAGCACGUAAUGGAUCAAGAGAAGAAGUUCAUAGGAGGUGCUGUUAACAUAGGGAAUGGAGUCAGAAACCGAAGCUUAUUCUUUGUUGGGUUGAUCAUAGCCUUGUUCGUCAGCUUGACCCUGGUUUCUUUUGUGAUAUUCUUACUAAUUCAAACUGGAAGCAAGAUGGAUGAAGUGACGAGAAGAUUAACAGCUGAAGGAAAGGAUAUCGAUGAGCUCAAGAAAAUAAAUAGCAUGAUAGUAAAUCGUCUCAACCAAUUGGAUGCUAUUGAAAACUAAAGAAAUGAUUAGUAAACCAUUAAUUGGGAAAAUCUGGAGACUAUUCCUAACUUUACCAAGAAUCUUCCAGGUUAACUUUUCAGGUGGU